UAUUAAAGCUUGGGUUUGCCAGUAAUAUGAUUUAGGAGACAUUAAGUUAUGAAAAAGGAAGACUUGAACUGGAUCUGGAGGCUCUGAUGAGAUUAUAGGAGAGCUGAACCUUUUGACACAGACUGAUGUUCUCCAUGAGCCUCAAAUAAACUCCUGAAACAGCAGAGCUCCAAUGAACUGCCUCUAAUGCUCUGUAAUCAUGUUUAUUGAUUUUUUUAUUCUAUUUUAUUCUAGUAACAAUCUUUAUUCUGCUAUACAUUAUACUCAGCUAACAAAAAUAUGUCCUAAGAACGUUCCAGUACCUUAUUUCCGAGUGUUCAAAACAUCUAGUUUCUUGGUUAUGCGAAUGUUAAGUGAUCAUUCUUCAGUUCAAACAUUAAAGGAAUGUUACUUUUGAAUGUUCUCUGAACGUUCUGAAAGUAGUUACAUUUAACGUUUCAGAAAAACAAACAUUCCAUUAAUGACGUAGCCUAUAAAUGUUUUUGUGCUGACGUUUUGAACGAACUUGGAACGAGCGUUCCGUUAACGUCACUGAAAGAACGUCGGCCAAAGUUCUGAGCGUCAGUCAGAACAGUGUUUGAUCCUCCGGUGUAGUUCGCUGUGAACGCGGUAUUUUUGUCUCGCUAAUUUCACAGUUAACCAGUUUCAUUGAGUUCUCCAGAUUGGCUCAUGUACACGUGCUCUUCAUGACUCUUCGUGUGCUGUGAAGCGUCGCGUCAGCCGCAGUCAGAGGCGCGUCGCGGGAGGCGGAGAUCACACGCUGCUUUCAGCCUCAUCACGGUCGGACCCGCGGCUUUAUCUCUCCGCUUCAUGCGCGCGGGGUUUUUAACGCGCUCGUCUCUCCAUGCGGUCCGCGUCACUGAGGUAAUAGCGCGUUGUAGCUGCGCGUCGCGCUGAGUUUCGCUGUUCCUUCAGUCCUUUCAGGUUCGGGAUCGCUCGACUCUCCUGCACCGGUGUGACAGUCAUGGGCUCCCGCGAGCGGACUCUGUCUCUGCUGACCGCUGCUCUGCUCGUCCACGUCUCUCUGCAGGGCGAGCAUCAGCGCCGGCUGUACAAAGACUUAAUGAAAAACUACAACCCUCUGGAACGACCCGUCUAUAACGACUCACACUCGCUCACCGUGCACUUCAGCUUCAGUCUGAUGCAGAUUAUGGACGUGGAUGAGAAGAACCAGGUUCUGACAACCAACAUCUGGCUUCAACUGUACUGGAGCGACUACUAUCUGCAGUGGAACACCAGCGAUUAUCCCGGCGUGAACACGGUCCGAUUCCCAGACUCCCUCAUCUGGAGGCCGGAUAUCCUGCUGUAUAACAGUGCUGAUGAGAGAUUUGACGCCACGUUUCACACCAACGUGCUGGUCAACUCUUCUGGAUACUGUCAGUACCUGCCGCCAGGUAUCUUUAAGAGCACGUGCUACAUCGACGUGCGCUGGUUCCCGUUCGACGUUCAGCGCUGCGAUCUGAAGUUCGGCUCGUGGACGUAUGGAGGAUGGUCUCUGGACCUGCAGAUGUUGGAGGCGGAUAUCACCGGAUACAUCGCUAAUGGCGAAUGGGACCUGGUUGAGGUUCCAGGCAGGAGGAAUGAGAAGUUCUACGACUGCUGUAAGGAGCCGUACCCUGACGUCACCUUCACCGUGGUCAUGAGGAGGAGGACGCUGUACUACGGGCUCAAUCUCCUCAUUCCAUGCGUCCUCAUCUCCACUCUUGCACUGCUGGUGUUUCUGCUGCCCGCUGACUCUGGAGAGAAGAUAUCGCUGGGAAUCACAGUGUUGCUGUCGCUCACCGUCUUCAUGCUCCUGGUGGCCGAGAUCAUGCCUGCCACAUCAGAUUCAGUGCCUCUGAUUGCUCAAUAUUUUGCGACCACCAUGGUGAUUGUGGGUCUGUCAGUCAUCGCUACAGUCCUGGUGUUGCAGUAUCACUAUCACGAUCCCGACGGAGCGAAGAUGCCACGAUGGACCCGAGUUCUCCUCCUGAACUGGUGUGCCUGGUUCCUCCGCAUGCGGCGGCCUGGCGAGGAACGGAUCCGUCUGGCCUGCCACAACAAACAUCCUCGACAUGGCAGUGUGUCCAGCGUGGAGCUGUCGGUCAGCCAGGGGGCGCUGCAGCCCGCCAGCGGAAACAUGCUGUACAUCGGCUUCAGAGGUAUGGAGGGCGUCCACUACGCUUCCUCUCACGACUCUCACAGUGUGCUCUGCGGGCGUCUCAUGGCGUCCACUGAGGAGGACGUGCUGUUGCCGGGGGCGGCGGUGCCGACGCUAGGGGGCGGGGCUGGAAUCAGGGGAGGGGUCGGUGGAGGCAUCGUAGGUGGGGCUUUGGAACUGGAACUGUCCAAAAUUCUGGAGGAAGUGAGGUAUAUCGCCAAGCGAUUCCGCGACCAGGACGAGGACGAGAACGUGUGUAACGAAUGGAAGUUUGCGGCGGCGGUGAUCGAUCGUUUGUGCCUCAUGGCGUUCUCCAUUUUUACAAUCCUCUGCACGAUUGGGAUCCUGAUGUCGGCGCCCAACUUUGUGGAAGCCAUCUCGAAAGAUUUCUUCACCUGAUGCUCGAUAGUCUUGCCGCCAGAACUUUAUUUUAUGUUUUUUGUACGUUGCUCAGCAACGGCUGAGAUUCUUGUGUAAUGGAAGUGCAAAUGUGACAUGCUAACUAGGGCUGAGCGAAAAUGAUUAUCGCAGUGAUUUUAUGCACUUUUAGUUGACUUCAUCAUAUUUACUAAAGAAGUUUUACUAGCAUCUCUGAUUUAAACAAGCAGCGUUAAGGCCUGUUCACACCAAGGACGAUAACUAUAAUGAUAAAGAUAUCGCCCGCAGCAUAAUUGCAACAAUAACAAUAUCGUCCACAGCAUAACUAUAACGAUAAAGUAUCGUCCGCAGCAUAACUAUAACGAUAAAGAUAUCGUCCGCAGUAAAACUAUAACAAUAAAGAUAUCGCCCGCAGCAUAACUACAACAAUAACGAUAUCGUCCACAGCAUAACUAUAACAAUAAAGAUAUCGUCCGCAGCAUAACUAUAACAAUAAAGAUAUCGCCCGCAGCAUAACUAUAACGGUAAAGAUAUCGUCCGCAGCAUAACUAUAACGGUAAAGAUAGCGUCCGCAGCAUAACUAUAACGGUAAAGAUAUCGUCCGCAGCAUAACUAUAACAAUAAAGAUAUCGCCCGCAGCAUAACUAUAACGGUAAAGAUAUCGCCCGCAGCAUAACUAUAACGGUAAAGAUAUCGCCCGCAGCAUAACUAUAACGGUAAAGAUAUCGUCCGCAGCAUAACUAUAACGGUAAAGAUAGCGUCCGCAGCAUAACUAUAACGGUAAAGAUAGCGUCCGCAGCAUAACUAUAACGGUAAAGAUAUCGUCCGCAGCAUAACUAUAACGGUAAAGAUAGCGUCCGCAGCAUAACUAUAACGAUAAAGAUAUCGCCCACAGCAUAACUGCAACAAUAAAGUAUCGCCCGCAGCAUAAAUAUAACAAUAAAGAUAUCGUCCGCAGCAUAACUAUAAUGAUAAAGAUAUCGUCCACAGCAUAACUAUAAUGAUAAAGAUAUCGUCCACAGCAUAACUAUAAUGAUAAAGAUAUCGUCCGCAGCAUAACUAUAACAAUAACGAUAUCGCCCGCAGCAUAACUGCAACAAUAAAGUAUCGCCCGCAGCAUAACUAUAACAAUAAAGAUAUCGUCCGCAGCAUAACUAUAACAAUAACGAUAUCGUCCGCAGCAUAACUAUAAUGAUAAAGAUAUCGUCCACAGCAUAACUAUAAUGAUAAAG